AUGAUCGGUGCCACAAGGCGCUGGUUCCAGCGCAAUCGCAAGGGCCUUGCGAUCGGGGCCGGGGUAAUAGGAGCUGGUUAUAUGGCCGGCCAGUACCUGUUAUCCAAGAUCUCCGAGGCCAGGGAACGCAUGAGCAGUGAUCGGAUUGCCCGCGAAAAUCUACGCCGAAGAUUCGAACAGAACCAGACCGAUUGCACAUACACCGUCCUAGCCCUGCUGCCGACCGCAACUGAGAAUAUAAUCGAGGCUCUUCCGGUUGAAGAGCUGACGAAGGAGCUUCAGCAGAAGCGUGCGGAGAGAUUGGCCCGGCUGAAUACCGGUGAGGCCACGGGCUCGGAUUUCAGUUCGGUGUCACCUAGUCUUCCGGAUGACGCCAGUUUCCAGAGUGAGGGUUUUGUGCACACGAGUCAGGUUGUGGAUGCGGAGGGUCAACCUCGGCCCAAACGCAACAAGACCCAGCUGUGGAACGAAGUGAAGAUUACCUCCAUUACUCGUUCUUUCACCUUGAUCUACACGCUCUCCUUGCUCACCAUCUUUACCCGCAUCCAACUCAACCUCCUCGGUCGCCGAAACUAUCUCUCUAGUGUGAUUUCUCUCGCUACACCCCCUGCCAAUGCCUCCACUAUCAGUCUUGAAGACCACGAUGACGAACUUACCCAAACAUUGGGCGACGACUUUGAGACCAAUCGACGCUAUCUCGCUUUCAGCUGGUGGUUGCUCCACCGUGGAUGGAAAGAGCUCGUCGAAAGAGUCCAGACUGCAGUAGAAGAAGUCUUCGGUCCUCUCAACCCCCGCGAGGACAUUAGUCUGGCCAAGCUCUCGGAAUUGACUCUGGAGAUCCGCAGAAAGGUCGAAGGCAGAACAGAAGACGAAAGACGAUCCCAAAAAUGGCUGUCUUGCCUAUUGCCCCCGGCCGAGGAGGAAGAAUACGUUCUGCGGGAGUCAGGCGUGGAAGGCGUGGCAGACCCGUCCUCUUCCCAGACGGCCCUGAAGCUGCGUCACCUCCUGGACGAGACAGCGGAUUUAAUCGACUCUCCCUCCUUCUCUUAUGUCUUGACCCUGCUCAAUAACGAAGGAUUCUCAACGCUGGUUGACCAGCGCUGCGCCGCUGAUGCUUUCAAGGCACCAACCUCUACCCCGGAGACUGCACCUCAAUCCUUCGAUUCCAUAGCCACUGUGAUUCCCUUGGCUGCCAAUGCCGAGCGGAAGACCAAGCUGGCUAACCUUCUGGCUGUCAUGGCUCGCCAGGCUCAUAUAAUUGGAAAUGGCACACAUUCACCCAAUGAGUACCUAGUUGCGAUGGAUCAGAACGUUCGUGAGCUCGAGGCUUUCUCCGCCGUGGUCUACAGCUCGAAUUUCGAUCUCGAGCUCCUGGGCGCCAAGGAGCAAGCGGCAACGGCUAGGGAGACAGACUUCACAGAUGCUUCGCCCGCCUCACCAUCCGUUUCCCAUGUAAUGGUAGAGAGGGAAGUGGACGUUGAAUUGAACCUGGAUGAGAAUGAGCCUACCAAGCCAUCAAUUGUUGAGCAUGUCGAGUCCUCCGUCAUCCAACCCAUCGAAUCAUCUCCCGAGGCUCUCGAGCCAUCUGUUAUUGAGCAUGUCGAAACUUCUAUUGUUGAGCCUGCCGAGGAACCUGUUGUUGCUGUCGAGUCAUCCUAUCUUGAGCCGGCAGAAUAUUCCCCUGCCAAGCCCGAGGCUCCAGCUUCCGCGGAGGCUCUGGCUGAUUCUGCAUUUGAGCAGGCUUGGGGGAAAGCCGUGGAUGAUGCGAAAGACUCUCCAGUGGAGGAGCACCCGACAGAACAGACCCACUCACUGCAGUGA